AUGGGCCUGUGGGAUUAUGGUAGUCGAUUGGUGUCUGGCUUGUCGGGCGCGGGUGCGGGUGCGAAGACAGGCACGGGUCAGAGUCAGAGUGGCAAAGGGUUGAUAGCAGAGGCGAAUCCGAUGCUGGGUUCGCUCUACGACCUUUCCACUUCACAACCCGCACGCGCACAAGCACAAGCACAACCAUCCAACUCCAACUGCAACUCCAUCUCCAUCUCAUCCUCUUCUUUGCCCUCCCUCUUGCGCGCACACGCCCCCACAGUGCUUCAUGGACCCUUCACACCUACUCGCUGGUUAUCCCUGCCCCUCACCUCCCUCGCCUCAGGUCAUGCCCAAACCAUAUACAGCGUACUGGCCCCCACCCAAAAGCCAGACUACGAUCCGGUCAGGUACAAGAGGUAUGUGCUGCUCACCACCGAUGGAGGCACAAUCAGUGUGGAUGUUGCCGAACCGGAGUUGCAGGAUGCUUGGCGCGAUGAUGCGGGGGUGGAGCACGAGCACGCGGAUGGGCACUCAAAGACAAAGACGGACGAAAACAGACCUACGGUGGUCAUUGCGCAUGGAUUGACAGGCGGAAGUCAUGAGAGCUAGUGAGUAGAGCGAUCGGCGGGCACGUUGGCAAGCGGCCAGCGCUUGUUACUCGUCGUGACUGCACACGCACGCCUCUUACUCUUGGCUAAAAGCUGCUCUGCUCUGCUCGGCUGUUUGCGUGUGCGUGUGCCCCCCUCCCCCGUUUCACAGCGUGCGGCACCUCAUCUCCCACCUCGUCACUCCCUCUCCUCAGCGUCCAGCAUCCAAAUUGUACAGGUGCGCAGUGAUCAAUUUCAGAGGAUGCGCCAACACUCCCGUCACUUCGAGACAAUUGUACAGCGCGAUGAAGACGGCAGAUUAUGCAAGCGGCUUGUCUUGGAUUCGCAAUCAGUGGCCCGACAGUGUGUGCGUAGGCGUCGGAUUCUCCGUGAGUUCUCUUCUUCUUCCCUUUCUCGUCCUCGUCCUCGUCUCACGCGUCUUGCCCUUUCACAACAGCUCGGAGCCAAUGUAGUGUCGCGCUACCUGGGCGAGUGGGGCGAUCAGGCUCAAUUAUGGGGUGCUGCCGUGCUCGCGGCUCCCUUUGACACUCUAGCAGGUUCGCACUCUCUCGAGUCUGGUCUUCUCGGACCCAUCUAUUCCAAAGCCAUGUGCAACAACCUGUCCGCCCUAGCCCGCGCACACAAGGACACGCUCUCCCUCGACAAGUCUCUUCGACCAGCUCUUCGACAUCUCUUGGGGCCGCCUACUGAUCAGACGGAUCAAUUGGACAGAGAGAGGCAUCAGAAAAGAGGAACGUUGAAAUGGGUGGAUGAUACCGUCACUAGACUUGUCGGGGGUCAUCAACAACCUUUUGGAUUGUUCCCUUUUGAAAGUUCACACGCUUACUACUCCAACGCUGGAGCGCUGUCUGUGUUGAAGCACGUGGCUAGACCUCUGUUGGUGCUCAAUGCCGACGACGAUCCCAUCGUUGCGCCAGAGAGCGUCAAGGGUGUACGACAAGUCAUCGGUCUAGAUGCCGAGCAGGACGUGCAUCAAGAUGGCUCAGCCCGAGAACGUGGCAAUGCGAACAUUAUCCUAUGCACGACGCGGGGCGGAGGACAUUUGGGCUGGUGGCAAGGAAAUAGGAAUCCGACGAGGUGGUUGGCGAAGCCUGUAGGAGAAUUUGUGGAUGCGAUGGUCAAAGGGGCUCAGGAUGUUUUGGCUUCUGCUGACGACGCCUUGGAGCAUUCGGCCGGACCAGCGCAAAAGAGGAGGACAAAGCAAGUAGCUAUCGAAGCGGAGCUUUUGGGUUGCGAGCUUCUGCCAGCUUGGGAUGUGCAAGCCGAGUCGGAGACGGAGGAAGAAGAUGCAAGAGGGACUGAAAGCGGAGACAAGUUCAAGAGGGGCACGCAGAAUGCGGACAACACUACGACUUCGGCCAAAGCCGCCGCGCUGGCUCCUGUAAAAGGAGGAAGACACGCUUGGCUCUUGAGCCCCGUACUGCCCCUACCAAAAGGGGAUGCAAUAGCGCACGAUCAGCUUUUGCAUCCCAGCAUGAGCUCGAGAUACAGCGGGCCGGCUAAAGGUCAAGGAGAGAUUUUGAAAAGCUUCAUGGUGAGCGUCUUGUGUGGAAAGAUCGUUGCGGCGUUCGAAAGCGUGCCACAAACUUUUCCGGGGGGGCGGCAGUCUCGGGGGCCGUCUAGUGGUGCGCCGCGCAUCGUCGCAAAGAGCAGCGAGCCCCGCCGCAAAAGAGUUGCUGCUGAUUUCAACUUUGAUGCAUCUCAUCUUGCGACAUAGACGGUAGAUGAAGAAAAAGUGGAAAUCGGAUAUUGUCUCUUGCCCGACCAUUCGAAUGUAGGUGAGUGUUCAAUUCCAGCUCGGGGUGGGGAAAGGGGGGAUGGAGAGACUGGACGGAAUUCCAGAGGGUUCGACACGACCCACCAUCCGUUCCCAAUUCGCUCAUGCCCCUCCCUCCCCCUUCUCAUCAUUCUCGUCUCGCAUCACAGCUGGAGCAGGAUCCAUCUUCCGUGGUGGGGUGGAUACGCCAGGCUCCAAAGAGAGCGGAGGAGCAGCUAGUGGCUCAGGCACUAUCCGAGGUCUGUAA